CCCUCAGCAGCCGGUACCCAGAGCCAGGAGAGCGUGGCCACGGCAGUAGGGAAGACUCAGUAAUGCGUCCGUCACAAAAGAGGCCUGGGUUCUGCACCGGAGGUUGCCAUGUAUCCCAGGAUUAAAAACCUCGCCCUUUACGCCUUUUCAGUCAUGCUGCUGGCGUGGGUUUUUUACAUGAAGAAAGAGGUGAAGUUGGCAGCGUCCUCAGUGGACCAGAAAGUGGAUGUAGUGAAGCACAAACCGAAGUCUUCGGUUCUGGACAAUGCAGAACCCAGCAAGUGUUUGCCAAAUUUGACCCUUGCGAAUUCUUCUCUUGCCCUCCCAGAGCUUCACCGCGUCUUCUUAACAUACAAGCACUGUCGGAAGUUCUCAGUCCUGCUGAAGCCUUCCAGGUGUAGCAAAGAGACGUUCCUCUUGCUGGUGAUCAAGUCUUCCCCAAUCAACAUAGACCGACGGGUGGCAAUCAGGAACACAUGGGGGAAGGAGGUCUCCAUCAGUGGCAAGAGCAUCAGGCUCGUAUUCCUCCUGGGGCGCUCGGAAACCAAAUUCCAGGUUCAGCCCCUGCACCAGCUGCUGGCUUAUGAGAGCCAGGAGUUUGAUGACAUCUUGCAGUGGGAUUUCAUUGACAACUUCUUCAACUUGACCCUCAAGGAGCUGCAUUUCCUCCGCUGGUUCAUGGAGGACUGCCUGCAUGCCAGGUUUGUGCUGAAGGGUGAUGAUGAUGUCUUUGUCAACACUUACAACAUUGUUGAGUUCCUCCAAGAACUGGACCCUGAACAGGAUCUCUUUGUUGGGGAUGUGAUUGCCAACGCUCGGCCCAUCAGGAACACCAAGGUCAAAUACUUUAUUCCAGAGUCCAUGUACAGAAACCCCUUCUAUCCGCUCUAUGCGGGUGGAGGGGGCUACGUAAUGUCUAGAGAGACAGUGCGCCGCCUCCAGAACACCGCAGAGGACAUGGAGCUCUUCCCAAUAGAUGAUGUCUUUGUGGGAAUGUGCCUGGCAAAGAUGGCGGUGACCCCAAAGAACCAUGCUGGCUUUAAGACUUUUGGGAUCCAGAGACCUUUCAAUCCUUUUGAUCCAUGCUUGUACAAAGAGCUGAUGAUUGUGCACAAACUAAACCCAACCGAGAUGUGGAUCAUGUGGACGCUGGUAAAGGAUGACAGCAUUAGGUGUGCGGUAUCAGUGACGCACAACUACAGAAGGGGUUGGCAAAGAACCUACUGAUGAGCACGGCGGGACUGUGACUGGUGACAGAUACAGGGUACUUAAACUAAAAAUCAGGUUGUGGUAAAAACGUUUCUUCUACUAACAGACUGUUCUUGAGCCAUAGGGGGUUGUUUUGCAGUAAGUUUUUCCAUCGGUGGGUUACUGAAGCAGUUGAAUUGUCAUAGGGCUGGAACGGGGCUGGUGGCUUGGUGAGCCACGGCACAGGGAACUCAGCUCGGUUCCUCCCAGCCAGGCUGGAGCCAGGGGAAGUCACAGCUGCCACAGUGACAUGUGAGGGGCCACUUGCAAUACCAAGGCUGGUGUCUGACCACCAGCCAAAGUCAGUCUCAUGUAGGAAAUCUGAUGAUGACUAACGAGUGACAGAGCAAUUGAAAUUACUUGAAGGGAUAAAAGAAAGGCCAGUAUGUGCUGCUGGGUCCACUGCAGCACAACUCUGCUGUCCCAGGCCAGCAAUCCCACAGGUCCUACCGGGCAGCAGGAGAAAGGGUGGGGGGGGAAGCCUCAAAAAUGUAUUGCCUUAACACAGCAUGAUGAUCCAAGGGACUGGACUCUGACUCAGGCCCAUUGGAUUUUGUGGAAGUUUAUUACAGGUUUACUUGCACUGGAAGAUUUUACACAGACACUUUCUGAUUGGGUUUAAGAGGAGCAGUAUGUCUUGAAUAAUCACAGUGGUAGUUACAGUGGCUGUAGGUUCUCAUGUUGUGUGGGAGGUGUUUGGUGUGUUUUUUGUUGUUGCUGUUGUAACGUUGGGUAUAAAUAAAAUACGGUUUUGAAAAGUG